AUGGAAGCUUUUACCUUCCUCAAAUACUGGAGAGGGGGUUCUCCACCCGCACCUUCUUCUCACAGUACUCCCACCCUUAACGCCACCACCACUAUCCUCACCGCCGUCGCUCAUAAUCAUAAUGCAACCGAAACCGACAACGACGACGACAGCGACGGCCCUUUCUUCGACUUAGAGUUUGCUGUACCCGACGAAGUCGAUGAUUCCGAAGAUGGUCAUGAAAAUCCAAACGCCGACCAAAGCCAAGAAGAAGAAGAUGAUGAUGAUGAUAAUUUUAAUAUUGAAGAAUCUGAUGGUGAGGGUGAGAGAGAGUUUAAGUUUACGCUUUCCCCUUCAAGCAAUGAUCGUAGCGAUCCCAACCUUUCGCUAUCUCCUUCUUCUGACGAUGUGUUCCUCAAGGGAAAGCUAGUGCAAGUGGAGCCUUCUUCCUUCUCCGAAACUAACUCCAAGCCUCAGUUCACCGCUUCAUUGUUAAAAUCUGCCACCAAAUUUCGUGUUUUUAUGUUGGGCCUCAAGAAAUACAAGUCAAUGUCGGACAAGGACUCAACCGGGUCGGAUUCUGCUGCUCCAAACCCACACCAACCCGAAUCACAGAAAAAGCAGUCAGAGAGAAAGCUUUUUACUGUAAAAUUCAAAGUGGAAGAGGUUCCAAUUAAGUCUCUGUUCACCAGAGAUAACAGCUCCAGAGGUAACAAACCCCAAUCCCAGAACCCGGAGGAGUCACCUUCGUCUUCCGAUGAGAAACGUUUCUCAAAGGAAGUAAUGCAUAAGUAUUUGAAGAUGGUGAAGCCUCUCUACGUCAGAGUGUCUCGUAGGUAUGGAGACAAGCUCAACUCAAGCAAAGCUGCUGCACCGCCACCCUCUGCGGCGGAGAAGAAACCUUCACCGGCGGAAGGGGAUGCUGACGUGAAGAGUCAAAAACAGGGGAAUCUGCCGGCAGGGCUUCGAGUUGUGUGCAAGCAUUUGGGGAAGAGCCGUUCGGCAUCUUCGGCGGUGGCAGCGGCUCCGCCGGGAUUUGUGUCUUCGAAACGGCGUGAUGAUUCGCUGUUGCAGCAACAGGAUGGGAUUCAAGGGGCCAUUUUACACUGCAAGAAGUCCUUCAAUGCAUCCAAUGAGUGCGAGACUUCUCAGCUGCCACGUUCUGUGAGCGUUCCAUUGCACGACAUAUCCUCGGAAUUAUCAAGGAAGUCUAUCAAUGAAGGUAAAGACAAGCGCCUUUGA